UUUUUUUUUCGUUUUCGCACUCCCCUUUUCCUCGUCGACUGAACGUAGGGCCGCGGGGGCCAACGAGAGCGGCGCUCUUUCUCGUGCGACUCUGAGAUCCCACGCCGCCGUCUCCUCUCUCUCCUACUCCCAUCUCUCUCGUCCCCUCACCACCGUCUCAAAAGGAGCGCGGGGAAAAGCAGCAAGCGUACAUGAUGGCUGGCGCAACGCUACGAUCGAGCCUCCUCUGGUCGCUUUGCUUUGUCAUCCUCGUCCUUGGCUCGUAUGUCCGUUCGGCCGGUAUCAAUGUCGAUGUGCCAGAGGACUUCUACCAGUGUCAACCGGCCGUCAUUGGCAUCACGGGCGCGAGGGGCAACGUGACGAUUAUCGUCAAGGAAAGCCACUCGCGACAUGCCCACCUCAACGUCAGUCUGGCACCCAACGCGACCCAGUACACAUGGGCGGCUGUCGAUCUCACUGCAGGGACGGACUUUGCGCUCAUCAUCACGGAUCGCACGUCCAAGAAUAAGACGAAGCUCUCACAGAACAUCCAGCACUCGACGGUGGAUCUGCCACCGACGGGCGUCAACGACACGUCGUGUCUGCCCGUCAAGAAGGUCAAGAGCAGCAGCGACGGAGACAAGAAUAAAGACGACGGCGGCGGCAUCGGCGGCAUUGGCGGCGAUCCCAGCCUCGAAGACGACCCUGGUCACCACCGGAAGCACAGCACCGUCGAGGUGUCGGUCAUUGCCGGCGUCCUGGGCGGCUUGCUCUUUGCACUCAUGUUGCUCAUCCUCGUCAUGUGUCUGCGCCGGCGGAGGGAGAAUCUUGGCGCGUCAGAUGACAGCGACUCCUUCAUUCAGCAACAGCAGCAAAUGAGCCAGAGAAUAGGCUCCAGCGCAUUAGGCACGGGCAACAGAGCCUCCGACUAUGUGACGCUGGCCGAUGGCACCAGGCGGAGAAUCGACUCGAUCGUCAUGGCCCGGCAAGACGACUCGGGAUGGAGCUACAUGUCGAGUCUCGUGCCGGGCUUGCAGGCCGCAGAAGGAGCGCGCGGCCACCACCGGCUGCAAUCGCAGCAGCAGCAGCAACGCAGGGCGCUGCGGACAAAGAGGUACGACGGCGAAGCGGCCGACUGCGAGCUGCCGUCCUAUGGCCUGAGCGAGUACGAGCGAAAGCACCUGCCCAAGUACGAAGGCCGCGACGAGGGCGGCGACGACGCUGGCCAUGAGACGGACGAGCUCGUGGCGCGCGAGUCACACGCCGGGACCGAUGGCUUGGACCGGUCCUCGACGAUGCAGAGCGGCGUUACUCGGACCACACGACAGACGUACUACAGCCGGGCGUCCUCGUCGGGCGCCCCCUUCAUUUACGAUCUCGAUCAACCCUCGGGCGAGAGCCGUACGCCAUCGGGCGUGGAAAGCGACGUGGGACUGGCAUACCUCGGAGGGGAAGAGGAUCCAGACGUCAUCACCUUCCAUGCAACGCCCUCGGCCCACACCCUGGGUCCCAAUUCUGGAGCGCAGUCGCGCACCGUCUCGAUCAUCGGCGUGCCUCCACAGGACCAGCAGCCACGAUCGAUCCUCACGAGGAACCUGGCCGUGAGUCCAUUUGCCGAUGUGCCAGAGGAUGGCCAGGCCUCGCCUGCCACCUCGACGGCCCUCGAUCCAAGCAACGGCCGCAUCCAUCAUCGCAACCGAUCCGAGGUCAAUCCUUUCGACUGGGAUCGUCCCUCGUCCUGACAGCACAGCGCCUUGGCGGGCGACUGCGCUCACUCGAGCAGGGAGCACUGGCCUGCUUCCUUAGGUAGUAUGUGUAAUUAUAGCCAUUCAUUCGCCUUCGUCUCCCCUCUAUCGCUCUUUCGACUUUCUUGUCUUGUGUUCCGGUCCAUCUCACUCUCUCUUACUCUCAUUGUUCCAUUCAUCAACCUACCCACAUGUACUCUUAGGCCUGUCUUUCCCUCCUCAAAAUCACAAAUACUGUUCGAUU